AUGCAUAUUUUCUUCGUUGUUUUGUAUAAAAACGAAUUGCCAUUUUUGGCGGUAUCAGUUUACCAUUUGCAUCCUCACCAAAACAUGACUGUGGCCACCAAAUUACUUCUAGUACUAGCUCUUUUUGCUGGUGCCAAAGCUGGUUACCUAGGAGGUUAUGACGGAGGUCAUGGAGGUUAUGAAGGCUAUGGCGGUGGACACCAUGAAGAAUACCAUGAACCAGCCAAAUACAGCUUCAACUACGCUGUGCAUGACCCGCAUACAGGUGACGAAAAACAACACCAAGAAGAACGUUACGGUGACCAAGUCAAAGGCUCGUACUCUCUUAAAGAAGCCGACGGUACGACCAGAAUUGUUCAUAAAAUUGGAGAACCAAAACAAGAGUAUAGUUAUGGAGGCGGUUAUGGUUACGGUCACGGAGGGGAGGGUGGUUACGGACAUUACCAAUAA